AUGGAUGGAGUGUGGGAUCCGAUCCGGGUGUGCACGAUGAGCAACCCAGAGGACACGACCACUUGUUGUGGGAAGACUCGGGCCAAGACGAGAUGCAAAAACCGCAUCUCAAGGGAAUCUCGCUCCGAAGCUGCUCAUAUCCUGCAGCUUUUGGCGCAGCGACCUCCGGAUGACAGCCUCGUCCAGAAACUGAGCAAGAUUGCCAGGCUCCUACUAUGCAGAAGAUACCACCGAGACCAGGAGGACGAACAAGUGCAGCCGCUAGUUGAGCACUGGUGCGAUAGUGCUCACGAUUCAGGCGUCGGGCUUCAACGUCCGGUCGCUGUACGCACGGAAGUCCGGCAAAUUCUCUCGUCACCAAACCCAAGGGAUCUGACUUCGACGCCAGUGACUCCCAUGGAGGUUGAACCUCCCUCGACUGAGCCUCAGUCCAUCCAUAUUGAGCACCUGAGGCAAAGGCCAGACCAAUUCGAGGUGAUGCCAUCUUCCCAAGGGCGGAUCAAGUUUGGGACCACAAAUGCCGACAACACCCGCACGCCAGUGAUCCUCCGUUCACUGGAGCCGAAGGAUGACAGCGGCAGAAUAAUGUGCAAUAUCUGCUGGCAGGAGUCUGCAGACGAAAUCGCUAAUUUGAAAUGCGAGCACUGUGAGAAUAGCGUGCACUUAGGAUGCAUGGGAGACUGGCUCGAAAAACGCUCAACUCAGAUCAACUUCAACUGCCCAAUAUGGUAG